AUGUUCGUCCUCUUCCGCUACCUGCUCUACUUCCUGGGGUUUUAUACAUUCACCAUGUUGAGCUGCUUCGCUCUUUACACCUACCUCCCGAGACCGCCUCCAAUCCUCGGGUUUGUGGCCCGCUCAAUGUCAGCAUAUUUGACGCUCAUUGUUUGCGCGGCCUACGGAACGGUUGCGUCGGGUAUCCUCAAGCUCUUGGGACUACACUAUCCCUAUGCUUUCUGGACGGUGGCCAAGUCGUUCAAAUGGCUGGGAAUAUACACGAUGGGCGUGAGGUUCCAGAUUCUUGACAAUGGGGAGGAGAUUCUUAACAACAAUCGGCCUGUGGUCAUUAUUGCCAAUCACCAGACCGAACUUGACGUGCUGCUGUUGGGUUGGAUCUGGCCAAAACAUUGUUCAAUCACCGCGAAGAAGUCCCUGCGCAACGUCCCGUUCUUGGGCUGGUUCAUGACACUUGCUGGUGCUGUGUGGAUCAACCGGGUGGACAGGAGCGAGGCAUUGAAGGCCUUUGAAAGUGCAGCCAAGGCGAUGCGGGAGAAGCAGCAAAGUGUGGUCAUCUUCCCCGAAGGCACAAGGAGCUACUCGACUCAGCCCAUGCUCUUACCCUUCAAAAAGGGAGCCUUCCACCUCGCCGUACAGGCUGGUGUCCCUAUUGUGCCUGUUGUGGCGGAGAAUUACAGCCACGUCCUGAACGUCAAGGCUAGACGUUUCAACAGCGGGACUAUCAGGGUGAAAGUCCUUGAUCCAAUACCCACCAAGGGCCUCACAGCCGCCGAUGUUGAUCAUCUGACCAGAGAUACUCGAGAGAAGAUGCUGAACGUUCUUGAGGAAAUGGCCAAACACCCACUCGCGCAAACGGAGCAGAACAAAAAGGACUCAUGA